AUGGAUUCAAACACCGGCCAACACUGGUUCUCACAGGGUAAAGAGCUAAUGGAGACAUUCGAAGACAUAGUUGGAGACUCUCUUGGGGUUGUCGUAUAUCAUAUGCUGGCUGCUGGCAGGAUGAUGGAAGCCGAGAGACUCCGCAUGGCUGCUAUCCACACUCUCCGAGCUUUGCAGGGGGCACUAAGUAUAGGUCUGAACGACAAGAACCGCUGGAAACAAGAGCCCGACGACAUUGUUUCGAAGAGGUGUUUAUGGUGGGUUCUGUACUUUCUGGAGAAGCGAAUACAUUACAAAUGUGGCGCUCCCUAUCUCUUGCGCCCCGCGGACGUCAAUGUGGAGGAUACACUUCAUAUGUGCGGUGAAUCCGAAAUCGACGACGCGAGACUCGACUAUAUAGAAGGCAUGAUCAGUUACACGAAACUGUGGACGUCCAUUUGGUCUGACUUCCUGGCACCCAACGCAAGUCUUUCCGGUAAAUGGUCAGAAGUGCAGGUCGCAGACGCCAGAGUGAUGAUUAAGUAUCGAGAACUUCCACAGAGUCUGCUAUGGGAUACCGGCAAAGUCCAAGAAUAUAUGGAUAACGGAGCUACCGAAACAGACAUGCGUCAGAAACUACAAGCAUUCCUGGUGGCUAUUACCAGCUACAUGAAGCACUUUCUCUGCAUGCGACCGAUCGGGUAUUUCUUGACCUGCUCACUUGUCGAUUGUAUCUUCCACCUCAAACAAGAGCAGAUCGGCCGAUCGACUUGGCUCGACCAGACGGAAUUACAGAAGAUUUUCGGCGAAAUCACACACUUGCUCGAAACUCUGGCCCUGUCAGUGGGUUCCGCCCAACGGGCUCUCGCUGCAUUGCGUUGCGCACUCAUCAUGCCUAGCGAAGUGGACUGCGGGCUGGACUUGGAAGGCACUCCGAGCUUUCUGGAGCCUGUUCACAACGGGACACAUGUCACCUUCACGGAAAGAGAUCAAGAUCUCUUAGACGGAUACUCUGAUGCAAGUAUCGGGGAAACUCUCAACUUUCUGGGUCUGAUUCCAAUGUGA